GCUGCCGGGCUCAGAGUAUACACACACGCGCACCGGAGCAGAGCGAGCACCGCGGACCAACAGUGUCGGUGGCUGACGAGAAACAGUGAAGAGCCACUCAACGGACUCGAUACAAGGCUGGAUACUUUGGCGACAUCUUUGUGAACUAUUACACUCUGAUAGAAGUAAGUCUCAUUAAGAACAGUGCGCACUCCAAUGUUUGGAACUUCUUUUUACGCACAGAGAGGACGUUUUGGAAACCAGUGUGUUUUUUCCAGAAGAACCGGGGGAGGAAAAGUUGUGUUGCUGAAGACUUUAGUUGCUACUUCGGUUCCUCUUCCAUGUAUACCAAAAUGGAAACUACUUUCUAUGACGACUCACUCAACGCUUUCUCCCAGCACGACAGCGCCGGCUUCGGAUACAGCAACCCCAAAGUGCUGAAGCGCAACAUGACGCUGAACCUCGCCGAUCCGUCCGGCGUCCUGAAGCCUCACCUCCGUGCCAAAGCCGGCGACAUCCUCACCUCCCCCGACGUGGGCUUGCUGAAGCUGGCCUCGCCGGAGCUGGAGCGGCUCAUCAUCCAGUCCAGCAACGGGCUCAUCACCACCACGCCGACCCCGACCCAGUUCAUGUGUCCCAAGAAUGUCACGGACGAGCAGGAGGGCUUCGCCGAGGGGUUCGUCCGAGCCCUGGCGGAGCUUCACCACCAGCACAUGCCGGGCACCGCCAACGUGAGUGUCCCCUCGGCUCCUCAGACCGGUGUCAACGCCGCGCUGCCGCCGGUUGCCGGUGCCGCCGUUUACAACAACAACAACAACAACGCAGCCAUGCGCUCCGACUCGCCGGUUUACGAGGACUUGAACACUUUCCACCCGGCCAUCAGCACGGUAUCGGCAACGGGUUACACCACCUCGGCUAUGUCCUUCCCCGCCGCCCCGCCGCAGCUCCCCCCCAUCUACGGGCAGCCCUCCCGGCUCUCGGCGCUCAAAGAGGAGCCCCAAACUGUGCCGGAGAUGCCAGGGGAGACGCCUCCUCUCUCCCCGAUCGAUAUGGAGAACCAGGAGCGCAUCAAAGCCGAGAGAAAGCGGAUGAGGAACCGCGUCGCCGCGUCCAAGUGCCGGAAGAGGAAGCUGGAGCGCAUCUCCAGGCUUGAGGACAAAGUCAAGAACCUCAAGUCCCAGAACUCGGAGCUCGCGUCCACCGCCAACAUGCUGCGCGAGCAGGUGGCCCAGCUGAAGCAGAAGGUGAUGAACCACGUCAACAGCGGGUGCCAGCUCAUGUUAACGCAGCAGCUCCAGACCUUCUGAGGAGGUGACAGCAGAGAGAGAGAUUAAAGACGAUGGUUGAACGAACCGGACGCGUCCUGUGAGAGUGUGAGUGGCUGCAUCUCCCGUAAAUCGUGACGGGGUUUUGGGAUGAUGUGGCGCGACACUGGCAGGACCGGGGGGGAGGGGGGGGGGGGCUGCACUGAAGUGCCACGCGCUCCCCGGUGGCGCGUCCCCAGAGAGGGGCUCGGGACAGUGACAGCACCCAUGAACAAGAGGGGGGUGGGGGGAGGGGGCAUGACAACAAACAGGAUGCCUUUCUGUAUCUGUUUCAUGCUGUAUUUCUUUCUUUUUUAAAACAGAACUGGACUGAAGUUUUCUUGAUUUAUUUUUUUAUUGUCCACACCCAGCUCUGCAUGGAACUUAUCAUGAUCAUCAAAGGAGAAAUUCAGUAUUAGAGGAUUUAGGAACCUGCAAUAGAGACUUUUCUUGCUGUGUAGCCAUAAAGGCCUCGAACUUGGGCGUGUUGGCCAACUCUAAAGGGCUGAAACGUUGUAACAAAAGCUGCCUGACUUCUGAGUUACAGUACAAUGUACUUGUUUCUUUCUUAAUUGUAAGAAAGUCAAUUAGAAAAGCUUCAAGAUUUACUUGUUUUUUUUCUAAACUUGUUUUAAUGGGGUUUCACUCAUUGUUAUAUGUAUAUAAGAUCAACUCGGAGUACUUAUGUUUACCAUUUGUAAUAAGAAUACUGUAUACAUUUUUUUUAAAUGUUUUGUUUUCUGAUCACUUCAGAAACUAAUCAAUAUUUAAGAAAAUAAAC